AUGAGUGUACGUCGCAGUGGUAGAAACAGGACAAGGAUUGACUAUGCGGCUCUGAAUGAAACACACACAAUCCAGGAGCAUAAUGUGCAUCCACAUACACAGGCAUUCAAAGAAUUCCAUGAUGCAUCAACAUUGGAUGAUAAAGUGUGUGUUAUUGAAAAUCCAUUAGAAACAUUUGAUGAUGAAAAGUUAAGAGAUUUAGUCUAUAAAACCCGGUUACUGAAACCGAUAUUGAUAAGAGGCGCAAAUCCGAAUGUUUCAGAUACUUACAACUCUAAUAUCCAACUAAGUUUCGAGAUCCCAGCUUAUGAUAUGGACCAAGUUACUGAGAAGGUUGGUGAGGAUCAUAAAGUGCCAGUUAUGGAUGUGAUGACACAGAACAAUUCUCCAUUUUGGAAUAUGGCUAAAUGGAGAGACUAUUACCAACAAUCCAGGGAAGAAAGAGAUAAAGUAAGAAACGUUAUAAGUCUGGAGAUUAGUGAAACCGAAUUAGGUAGGGAAAUCAAGAUACCCAAAAUUGUAGAAGAUUUGGAUAUAGUUUACAAGCUGUUUGAGGACAAUAGCAAGCUAAAUUUUUCCCAAUUAUUGGAUGAAAGUGGAAUAGUGCCUCCCAAAGUACAGAAAUACAUUCUAAUGUCUAUUGCUGGUUCUUACACUGACUUCCAUAUUGAUUUUGCUGGCACUUCUGUUUAUUAUUCACCUAUUUCAGGUCACAAGCAAUUCAUUCUUUUCCCACCCCUGAAAAGAAAUCUGGAGAUAUAUAAGAAAUGGUGUUUAUCAGAUGACCAGAAUAAAACGUGGUUGCCCUCCUUAAUACCAACCUUGAAGCAAUCUGAAAUUGCUAGACUACGGCAAACACGCACUCCUGAGGCGUAUUUGAAUAACGGAUUUGCCAUUGAUAUUUUCCCUGGUGACUUAUUACUUUUACCAAGCAUGUGGAUCCAUUCGGUGUACACAAAGGAGAAUAGUAUCAUCAUCGGAGGGAAUUAUUUAAACCUAUUAAGCUUGAAAACUCAUUUGCAAGCACAUCAGAUUGAAAUAGCUACACGUGUAGAUGAACAGUUUAAAUUCCCCAAUUUCGUCAAGUUUGUGUGGUUAAUAGCAUAUUAUCUAAUAAAAAAUAAUGACUAUGACGAAGCUAUACAUGAGGAAAUUGUCAGUUUGUUAAAUUUUCUUAAAGAGCAGUGGACAUUUGUCUCAAAAGCUGGGGGGAAGUCAUUCACUAGGAGGGAUCGGCUUCUCGUCUCUAAGAUCAAAAGUGCUAUUCCAAAAGAAGUUAUUGGUGAUGUUCCCGCAUUUUUAGAAGAACUGAAAAUCAAAGUAGAUAAAACCUGCGAUAAUAGUGAAGAGCCUACACGUAAGAAGCUAAAAGUAGAAAAUAGUAAUACUUAG